UUAGUAGGCACAAGAAUACUGUGACUUAAUUUCUGUGUGUGCGUGUUGUCAGCAUGCAAGUCUGCAUGAGUUUGUGAGGAAGUGAGAAUUGGUGUAUGCGCGAUUCAACACUUGGACGGAAAAAGGCUCCCAUGUCACGUGAUUAAUUACGUUCGAACGGCUCAUCUUUUAUAUUGUAUCCAAAAAUAUAAUAUGUUGAUAAGAUGUUCUCUGAGUCAAGACAAGGCGGACAAAGUGUGUGUCGGGGACUCAGGGAUGGGGGAGGGGGGGGAGGGGAGGUCAGUGACAUCAUAGAGCGUGUAUAAAACUCUGCGUGCUCGUCAUCCUGCGCGCACACAAUCCUCAGCGGAAACUCGACCCUGCACAAGCCAAAAGAACAGAACAGACAUGAAGUGUUGGUCCUUCCUCCUUUCCUCGCUCCUGCUGUCGGUCCUCCUGCCUCCGCCUCCUGCUUGCUCCGCCGACACCCAGACGCUCCUCAGGGCGGCCACCGGCGGAGAAGUCACCGCUGCACGUCUUCUGGGCUUUGGCGUCCCCCGGCUCUUCCUCAGAGGCGCUCCGAAGGAGGAGGAAGAGGAGAAUGAUGAUGAGGAGGAGAUGGAAACCGAUGAGGAGCAGACCAAGUUCAAGACGCGCAGGGCGUAUGCGCCGCUCUCCAUCGACCUGACCUUUCACCUCCUGAGAAGCAUGAUCCACAACGCCCGCAUGGAGGAGCAGCAGAUGCGCGCGCAGGUCAACCAGAAACUGCUCGACGAGGUCGGGAAGUAAAAAGUCCAAUCAAAUGGCGGCCGGUCAUGUGACGUCUCUUGCGCUUUCAACCAAUCUCUAGUAAAACUAGCAAAAUAAUAGCGACAUUGUAUUCAGAGAAGAAUGCAGAGACGGGACCUUGACUAUGUGUUUGAUGACGAAUGAUGUCAUUGUUAUUUUAUUCCACCUGCACUGAUUUUUCUCUGCUAUCACCAAAUGUUAAAAAAAAAUCAUUGCUGAAUGUUGUCACAUUGCCAUUUAUAUUUUGUAAUAAAACAUGAUCAAUUCUUGGC